AUGGCGUUCACUGCUUCGCUCCCACUUUCUCAAAGGGUUGCCGUCGACGGGCUUCGCAGUGUCCCUGGAACCGCGGCGCCUCUAACGAGCACGUUUCCUGCAUCUCGCAGCGCCAGCGGGAUGCUCGCGCUACCCCCGCGCGCGGCGUUUCGCGGAGAGGCGAGCGCAAAGGGAGCGGCGGAAGAGCGAGAACGGUCCGCUACAGCGGCGGGCACAGUGGCGGGCGCAGGAACGGGGGAGGCAGUUGGGUUGAGCCGGCGCGCUUUGCUGAUAGGAGGCGGUGUGGUAACAGCCGUUGGACCGUGGUUCGCGGGCGACGUGGCGCGCGCAGCUGACGUGGCACCCCAGAGGUACUUCAAGACACCCUCCGGUGCCACAGUCGAAGAGGUAUACGAGGGGCAGGGCGAGGUGGCAGCAGCAGGAGAUGCGGUGACUGUGCACUAUGUCUGCCGCAGAUCCAAUGGCUAUUUUGUUGCCAGCACCAUUGACCCAGUGGGAGGGGAUGCAGACCCCAUAGACCUGCUGCUAGGCCAAGGGCAGGUGAUUCAAGGUCUAGAAGAGGCGGUGCAAGGAAUGAGAGCAGGCGGCAAGCGCAGGGUGCUCGUCCCCCCUGCACUGGGAUACAUUAGACCAGACAUGCAGCCGCAACCCAAGGAUUAUUUCCGGCAGCGUGCAUUGGCAGCUCAUGUGAAAGAGCCACUGAUAUUUGAAGUGCAGCUUAUUAAGGUGAAACCUGGGGCCGCUGCUACUGCUGUGUAA